GGCAACGCAGGACAGCGGCAGCGCGACGCGGAGCGACGAGGCGCAGAGGUGCCUAAGCAGCCAGCGUUCGAGUCCGGAGGUCCGGGCCGAGCAGCAGCAGAAGCGGCAGCAGCCGUAGCAGCGGCGACCGAGGAGAGCGACGGGGUCGGCACAGCCCAGCAGAGCGGCGGCCGGCGCAUCGCAGCAGCGCGGGACAGCGCGGGCGCAGAGACAGCGCGGAGCAGCGCGGGACAGCGCGGGCACAAAGAGAGCGCGGAGCAGCGCGGAGCAGCGCGAGACAGCGCGGGACAGCGCGGGCACAAAGAGAGCGCGGAGCAGCGCGUGACAGCGCGGGACAGCGCGGGCACAAGGAGAGCGCGAAGCAGCGCAGGACGACGCGAGCCAACAGAGCAGACGGCGCACCACACGAGAAGCGGUAAUUGUAAAACUGUAUUAAGAAUAUUGUAUUUUGUUGUGUAA